UUGCAUCUUGAAAAUUCUCAGUAUAAUUGAUCAUUUGCUUUGUUACAGCACGUCACUGAUUUGUCUGGAAGGGAAACCCUUGUUCGUAUAACAGGGGGAAUGAAGGUGAAGGCUGACAGAGAUGAAUCUUCCCCUUAUGCUGCCAUGCUUGCAGCACAGGAUGUAUCUGCUAGAUGCAAGGAGCUGGGCAUAACUGCUCUUCAUAUCAAGCUCCGUGCCACUGGUGGAAACAAGACAAAAACACCAGGUCCUGGUGCUCAGUCUGCUCUCCGUGCCCUUGCUCGAUCAGGAAUGAAAAUUGGUCGUAUAGAGGAUGUGACUCCGAUCCCAUCAGACAGCACCAGGAGAAAGGGUGGUAGAAGAGGAAGAAGGCUUUAAGCUUGCAAAAUUGCAUGUGUUGGGAGUUGCAAUUUGUUGUGGCUUUUCUCUUUGCCCCUUUACCAAGACAAUAUGUUGUGGCUUAAGUUGGAUGUCAAUUUUGGAAUUCUAAAUUUUAUUUCUGGACUCUUCUGUUUUGGCCUAGCAUGUGGCCGAUUUCAUUUAGUUUUGAACUUAGAUUGUAGAAUAUUAUGAAGCUGAGUUCAUCCAAGAUUUUAUCGCCCCAACGCAAUCAUUCAGUGCUGGGCUGACACAA